AUGGCUGAGAGAGAUGAAGAGCAAACGCAAGAAGUGGCAAGCUCUAGCAACUCAAAGUCAAAGGCUGGUGGUGACAAUGAAGAGCCCUCUUCGCCUAUGAUGCUUGAUGUCUUUUCGCCUCAGCAACAACGGCAACAAGGACAGCUGCACCAACUACUACAAGAACAACGAGAUCAACAGCAGGAUGACGAUUUUGUCAUGGACAAUGCGCUGGUUGCUCGCUUGUCGCCAACAGGGCGAAAAAUCUCAAUCAGCGCCAUAGCUCCCCCUACAACCACAACCGCAACAACAACAACAACAACGAGAAACCUCCAGGCUGAGGCAGAUGACAUUCAAGUAGAGGCAGACGAAGAUGAAGAGAUAGAAGGUGAAGGUGAAGGUGAAGGGAAAGGGGAAGGAGAAGGGGAAGGAGAGGCAGAGGCAGAGGCAGAGGCUUUUGAAGAUACGCUCGUUGCUCCGGCAGCGUCGCCCGAAUUUGGGUUUGGAAGCACGCGAAGAAAUCACCGAACGGCUGAAGAACAAGCUUUAUUAACAAAGUUUGAAAAUGAAAUCUUAAAAAACCAAGAAGCAAUGAAAACCUUGAAUAAACUAAGGAAUGAAACAAAGGAAAAGUACUUGUACCAAAUGAAAAGAUACAUAAGAUUCUGUGCAAGUAAGGGUCUAGACAAUUUCUUUGUGACUUUAGAAUUGGCUAAGGAGUUGGUGGAUCGUGAAAUUGUAAAGCGUGGCAGCAUAAGUGAAAAUACAAUAAAAAGCAUAAGAUCGCCCCUCAAUAAACUAUACGCCAUGAAUGAGAUUGUCUACGGGUCUCAACAGCCUGAUGCUUACUUGGGAGAUCAGUUCAUCAAGGAUAUCGUUAUAAGACAACAACAGCGGCAACAAGAGCAGCAAUUCGAACAGCUACACUUGCAGCGGCAAAUGGAGGACAAUGAGCCCAGCACAAACUCAGGGUCAACCGGCGGUGGAAGUGGUAGCUUGCUCAGCUUGAAUAAAGCCCCGACCUCCUUGUCUCAAACAGCCUCAAGCUCCAUUGUUGACAAGUCCCUCCCGUCUACAGAUGCAUCGAUCUCGCCUCCCAAGCGUGCCAACAACAUGGAGGAAGAUGCCAACUUGGAUGUUGCCAGGAACCCUCAUCCAGGAGGCACCUCGAGAGAACUGGAAACCCAGAUAAAGACGUUGCCUUCUUCCUCAACGUCUUCUUCGAGCCAAGUCAACUUGAAUCCCAAAUUUGCUCGUCUCAGUGAAAGCACAAAACAUAGAUUGAGUGAUCGAGAAGAAGUAUUGCUACGCAAAUUCGAUGACGAGGUGUUGGAGAGUACCAAGACCCAGGACAUUUUGCAAAACUUGACUGAAAACACUUUCAAAUCCUAUGCCACCGACAUCAAGAGGUUUAUUCGGUUCUGCGCCAGAAAGGGCAAGAAUGAUUCGUUGAUUGACGAAAACAUCCUCACGCGUUUCCUCCAGUUUGAAGCUAGCAAGAAUAGGAAAUACAAGUUAAAGAAUGUCAGAACCAGUCUCCUCAAAUUGCAUCAAUUGAAUUGUCUCGCUUACGAUUUGGAGUUUUUGGAAGGAAACAUCGUAUUGGUGAUGAACAGGUUUUUGGACAACAACAAUCACAACCACAACCACAAUAGUCCCAAUACCCCAACUCAGGACUCUGAGCAGCAAAUCAUUGAAGAAGAAGACGAAGAUGACGAGCACGACCAUCUAGUCGUGAAACUCAAGGAGUUGUACGAAACUUCCAAUGUCCUAAGAGGUUUAUCCGACGCGAGCAAGAAAUUGUACUCCAACGAUUUUAACCGCUAUGCGUCGUUCUGUUCCAGAAUCGGAUUGCAGCAUUUUGACCUUAGUGGCGAGUUGAUUCUAAGAUUCUUCAAAGAGGAUAUCAUUUCUCGGGCACCAACGAUUACAAGUAAAAAAUUGCAGGAGAUCUUGAGCAGAUUGAGUAGGUUACAUACUUUGAAUGUUGAACUAAAAGCCACUCAAUCUGAAACAAUUGAAAAUGUCGAAUUGGUCAAGAGCUUUCUCAAGGAGUACAACAACAACAACAACAACAGUAGUAGUAGUAAAACCAAUAAACCGCAAUCGGCAGCGACUACCGACAGUGCUCCAGCUGCCCACAAACAAGGAGAAGAAGAAGAAGUCCCCGGAAGUGGCAAGACGAGCGGCUCCAGCACGAAUGGCACUGGUGCCAGCACACUCUCGGGCGCUUCGUUGUCAUCUACUCAUACGCAAUUGCCGCAGUUGAACUUCUCCAAUGACUCCUCGGGAGGCGGCGUCCUCGACGCGGGACUGCUGUCGUCGGAGCAAACUAGUAAUGGGGAGUUGAUUACUUCAACCAACAAAACGGAAACAACUACUCCCACUCCAACAGUAGCAGCAGCAGGAGCGGCAGGAGCAGGAGCGGCAGGUGGAGGAGGAACAGCAGGAACAGCAUCAGCGAAAGGGGGCGGGAGAGGAGCGGCAGCAGCAGCGUCAUCAUCAUCAAAGAAGAAAAUAUCCACCCACGACCAAAUGAAAAAGAACCUAUUCCAAUCGUACAGUUCUCGUGCCGACGUUGUUGAAACGUCGAGUAGCAUCUCGAGUGGUAAGCCCACCGAUGAACUUAUCGUGAAUGAGCUCCGACCCAAGGAUCGCAUCAGUGAAAAUGCUAAUUAUCCAGUCGUACCACUUGAGAUUGAGGCUGAUCCUUUGCAAGAAGGCUCGUCCAAUGCAAAUGCAGCAGUAGUCAUGGUUGCCGCUUCGGCUGAAACUGAACCUGAAGAAGAUAAAGGCGAAGAAAGCGAAGAUGAAAAAGAGGAAGACAUCGCGGAGCCGGUUGAUACUAGUCCCGGCCCAAAGCGCUCGCUUAAACGCCAGCGCACCGAAGAGGAUAAACUUCCCGAGACAAACGACUCGAUCCCGAAAUUCGUCAUGAACAGAAACAUUGAUUCCGUAACUCAAGUAGUUGAAGAAUGGACGCUUAUCAUCAAGCGCAAGCAGAAGUAUGACUUGGGCUGGAUCAAGAGCAUGAUCGAUUUCCAAAUUUACAAUAGCCGGAAAUUGAUAAUCGACUUGAUUGAAGAAUUGUUACCCUUGAUGGACGAGAAGUAUGAAGGGGUGUCAUUGAGCGGGUUAAACUAUAGCGGCGACGAUGCCGAUAUUGCUGACAUCUUUGAAAUUGCCAAAGUAUUCGACCAGUAUUUGGAUCGGAAAAAGAUGACGCUUGCUGCUUUGGUGAGGAAGAUUGAAACGUAUCCUAUCUAUACAAAGCGUGAGUUUCUGCGGGUCUUGACUCGUCGCCAAACUAACUUCGCCAAAGAAUGA